UUGAAAAGUUAUCUGCCUAGAAUAUUCAAGAUUCAACGCGGUUUUCGUAAUCGAAAGAUUGAAAUAAAUAAACCUUAAAAAUGGUUCAAAAGCAAAACAGUCUUGUUGCUUUCUUCAAAAAUGUUUACUAUGACGAAUACAAAUGGUCCCUUGUCAAGAGUGCGGGUCUAUUCGUUCUUGGAGUUCGUAUAGCCAAGGAGUGCGUCGGCCUGGAGUUGAUGCCAUCGAUUCCGCAUUGAUCAUUAGUUUACGCUGUUGGUACUAAAUAAAAUAAAUUCCCGAUGCAUAUUCUAGUGGUUGAAAUAAAAUAAAUUUAUUAUCUUUUGUUCCCGUAAUACAAAUAGAAUAUGGAAUCUCUUAUUAGAAUAUCACAACUAUUGUUGAUUUUAAAGUAUUUCGGAGUAGCUUUACUUGCCCCUAAUAUAGUGUUGAUAGUAACCGAUGAUCAGGAUGUGGUGCUUAAAGGAUUGAACCCGAUGAAGAAAACCCAACAAUUAAUCGCAAAUGAAGGAGCUACAUUUGUUAAUGCUUUUACGACCUCCCCAGUUUGUUGUCCUUCCCGAAGCGCCAUUCUAACCGGACAAUACGCACACAAUACUAAAACGUAUAACAACUCGAAAACUGGAGGAUGUUACGGCACGCAUUGGAAAAAUAACUUGGAACCAAAUGCCCUACCAGUACAACUGAAACUGCAAGGCUACAGCUCCUUCUACGGGGGCAAAUAUCUCAACGAAUAUUUCUCUACUGAAGUACCACCCGGUUGGGAUCAUUGGUUCGGAUUGCACGGCAAUUCCAGAUACUAUAACUACACCAUCAACGACAAUGGCAAGAUUGUCACCUUUGCCGAGCAGUAUCUGACGGAUGUUUUGUUGAAUCGAACGUUGAAUUUUAUAAACAGUGUUAAACAAGGGCCAUUUUUUGCCAUGAUAGCACCUCCAGCACCUCAUGCUCCUUUCACGGCCGCCGAAAGGCACCAAGAACUAUUUCCUGAGGUAAAAGCCUACAGAACGGAAAAUUUCAACAUAGCCAGCAGCCCUUUAAAAAAACAUUGGAUUCUAACGAUGCCGCCUUCCCCGUUGCCGGCCGAUAUGUUAGAUGACAUCGAUCUCAUCUACCGAAAACGCUGGCAAACGCUUAUGGCGGUUGAUGAUAUGGUUGAAGCCAUUGUACACGCGUUGGCCAAGAUUAAACGUUUGAAAGAUACAUUCAUUAUCUACACUUCCGACAACGGAUAUCACAUGGGUCAAUUUUCGCAACCAUAUGAUAAGCGCCAACCAUACGAAACUGACAUUCGAGUGCCAUUCUUGGUACGCGGACCCACAAUAGCCCCGAAAACUCUUGUCACAUCACCGGUAGCUCUCAUCGACAUUGUGCCCACCAUUUUGGAAAUGGCUAAUAUGAAACCGCCAGCUCAUCUCGAUGGCGUAUCCGUGUUGAAUAAAUUGUAUCACAAUGAAAUUUCCGAGCGACAACUACUGAUCGAGUAUUGGGGAGAAGGGAACGCAGAAUCGUACAAUCCCGAUUGUCCUUGGCAAAAGAAAGAUAAUCUAGCGCUUUGCACCACAGAUGCUGCAUGUCAUUGUCAAGACUCGUGGAACAAUACAUACAGCUGCGUCCGACACAUGGCCGUUGAUUUAGACCUUAAGUAUUGCCAGUUCAAAGACAAUGAGCAUCAUUUGUACCUUUUUUCAGAACUUCAUCGAAGCUUACGACCUCACGGCUGAUAUGAAUGAGAUCGAUAAUAUAGCAUACGACAUGUUGCCUUCCGUCAGGGCCAAAUAUGAUUUAGCCAUCGUCAAUCUCACGGAGUGUGUAGGGCCAACGUGUCACAAAAUAUAUUAAUCUUCAUAGAGAGUACCCGAAGAUAUUUUUGCAGAAGUUUUUUUUUAUAAAUAAUAUUAACAAUGUUUCUCUCCAUUGUAUUCUCUUAAGAUGUGUAAAUUUCAAAAUAAAAUUUAACCAACUUUAUUUAAAUAGAAUCGUUAAAUAGAAAACAAACUACAUAUCUAGGUUCAUUUUUCUUUCUAUCUAUCAAUAAAAAUGGUUACAUAUUGUUUUGACUUUUAUUGAUUACUAAUCUUUUAAAUGUUACCUUACUACACAUAUUUCAGAAUUAUUCUUUUCAAAAAGGAAUAAAUGUUUUUCACCUUGUGACACGUUCUAUUUAUUCUUUAUAAACAUUAUACACUUUUAAGCUGAUCAUCGUAAAGUAUCAGUACUCUGCCUGUCUCCAAUAACAAUAAUUUCAUGCGAUCAGAAAAACUUCGAAAGCAUGAAAAAAGUUGAAUUCACAGAGGCAGUGCCCUGAAGAGGAAAGUGAAAAAAGCUCUGAAAAUUUCAACAGAUGUUUUGUAUUUAAUCUAACAAAAAUGAAUUAACAGAAUACUAACGGCUGUUUAUUGUAACAGUUAUUUUGAUUAAACCGCGUUUUUUUGUGAAAAAAAAA